AUGUCUACGCAAUUGAAUAUUCGAUUAAAGGAUGGACAGAAUUUCGCUAUUACAGCAAAUAUUGUUCCAACAAUUACAGGAAGCAUUCAAAGAAAACCAGUGUCUAUAUCUAAUAACGGAGAGUUCAGAUCGUUAAUCAAGAAUCUUACUCUAGCGGAUGAUAUACCGACUGAAGAAUACACAGAUUCUAUUGAUUUGCUGUUUGGAAAUGAUUACUACUUAGAUAUAGUGUUAGGACAUAAAAUAGAAAUUCAGCCAGGCUUAUACCUCUUGUCAUCAAAACUUGGUUGGAUUCUUUCAGGAAGAACAAGUGAAAUCGAUGACAGCGUUACUGAUGCCAAUAUGCUCAUAUUAUCAUAUGGCAAUAACAUAACUAAGACACAAGUGUUUACAACAGUUGACACAUGUGUUCCAAAAUUACCUGACAUAGAAGACUUUUGGAAUAUAGAAACAAUAGGAUUGAAAGAUAGCACAAAUGAAAGAACUGAUCAAGCGAUAGAUAAGUUCAAAGAAAGUCUUGUGUUCAAAGAUAACAGAUAUUAUGUUAAGUGGCCGUGGCGAGGCGACAAUUAUGAAGUUCCAGAAAAUCGUCCUCUAGCUUUUGGACGACUUAAGUCAUUAGUGAAAAGGUUCAAAGAUAACCUAGAUGUAUUACAGAAAUAUGAUUCUGUGAUUCAAGAUCAGCUUGAAAAGGGAAUUAUAGAAAAGGUUGAGACCUCUGAACAGAAUGGACAUAUCCAUUACUUACCCCAUCACGCAGUGAUAAAGCCUGACAAAUCAACAACAAAGCUGAGAAUUGUGUAUGACGCGUCAGCUAAAUCAAAGGUUGAAAAUAACAGUCUGAACGACUGCCUUUACAAAGGACCCGUUCUUUUGAAUGACUUGUGUGGAAUUCUGCUAAGAUUUCGACUACAUAAGAUCGGUAUUGUUUCCGAUAUAGAGAAGGCUUUCCUCCAAGUUGGGUUGCAGAAAGAUCAAAGAGAUGUCACUCGUUUCAUAUGGUUAAAAGAUAUUGAACACCCAGACAUAUCGCAAAAUCAGGUACAAGAGGUACAAGAAUACCGGUUCUGUGGGAUCCCCUUUGGAAUUGUGUCAAGCCCUUUCUUAUUGGGAGCAACAAUUGAUUAUCACUUGGAGUGCUAUAACAAUGAAAUCGCCAAGAAACUGAGACGAGAUAUUUAUAUGGACAAUGUUGUAACGAGAACAGAAAACGUUGAAGCUGCGAAAUACUUGUAUAUUAGGUCCAAAAGAAUUUUUGACGAUGCCAGCAUGAAUCUUCUCGAGUGGGCGUCUAACAGAGACGUGACGGAAAGUAUUCUACCUGAAAACAGAGCAAAUGAAACUGUGUUAGGUCUUGAAUGGAACAGACACAAGGAUACAUUGGCCAUACAGAAAGUAAAUAAAUCGACAACUCAGUGUGUAACUAAACGUGUCAUUUUGAGCAAAAUUGCCUCUGUAUUUGACCCUCUAGGUAUAUUUUCACCAGUUACGCUUAGAGGAAAAGUACUCAUUCAAACACUGUGGAAGAAAAAAGUCGAUUGGGACCAGCCAAUUGACGAAGAAGACAUUGUUGUAUGGCAUGAAAUUCAACGAGAUCUCAGUGAAAUAAGUGAACAUGCCACCCCACGAUGCACUGUAAGUGAAGUUGAUAACAAAAAUAUUCUUGUGUGUUUCUGUGAUGCCUCUACCAAAGCAUAUGCUACCGUUAUAUAUUUGAUGCAGAAAGGGAAUUCACAACAGCACAUCGAAAUAGUAUUUUCAAAGACUCGACUUGCUCCAACUUCAAACAUCAGUAUUCCUCGACUUGAACUCCUUGCUGUACUUAUAGGGGUACAAUGUUUAGCCUUUAUACAAGAGCAAAUAAAGAUGCAAAUUGACGAAGUUCAUUUGUUCUCAGAUUCUCAGUUGGGGCAUUUAAAAAGGAUUUGUCGGGGAAAAAGCUUCCCUUUUUUUGUUAGAAACCCAGUUAAUGAAAUAAAAACCCAACAAAUGUGUCCUUCCCUUUAUGUUACGUUAGAACAAUCCCGCUUUAAAAUAGCCAUCGGGGGUUUCUCUACAAAAGAUCUUGUGAAAAAUUCGUCAUGGUGGCAUGGUCCUGAGUGCUAUUGCAAGACAUUUCCGAAAGGACAUUAG